AGGAUCACCACUGGAAUGUUGUGUGAUCCAUUUUUAGACCAGGGCCGUGUGGACAAAAGUAGAGAGCAAAACAGUUGGCAUCUCACAGCUGACGACGAGUGGUUUGGGUUGACUCUUUUGGAUAGAUAAGAGACAUUGGAGAUUGUGUGUGUGUUUUUUCCCUCUGUGGAUUGAUUCCACACCUGUCUGUGUCAGUCAAGGGAAAAGCCGUACAGAAGAGCCGUGGACGGCACAGCAACAACAGUAAAAGGAAGCCAUUCAACGGCAUGCCAUGAUGAGAAACAUUCUUCAUCUGUUGACAGUGUCUUUGUUUUUCUUUUUCCAAGAAUGUUGGGGACGGAACGAAGAGGAGCGACUCAUCAACUACCUUUUCAAGGAACGAGGCUACAACAAAGAGCUUCGGCCGGUCCAAAAUAAAGAUGAAACUGUAGAUAUUUACCUGGCGCUGACACUUUCUAAUCUAAUUUCAUUGAAAGAAGUUGAUGAGACAUUACUAACAAAUGUGUGGAUGGAGCAUGGCUGGACUGAUUAUAGACUUAAAUGGAAUGAAACAGAAUUUGAUAACAUUCCUGUACUUCGUCUACCGCCAAGUAUGGUGUGGUUACCAGAGAUUGUCCUUGAAAACAACAAUGACGCCCAGUUUCAGGUGGCCUAUUACUGCAACGUUUUGAUUUAUCCCAAUGGAUACGUGUACUGGUUACCUCCAGCUAUAUUUCGGAGCUCCUGCUCUAUAAAUGUCAACUACUUCCCUUUUGAUUGGCAGAACUGCUCUCUGAAGUUCAGCUCAUUAACUUACAACGCCAAAGAGAUUAGCAUGCAUCUGAAAGAGGAGGAGGAGAAUGGAAAGGCCUACAAGGUGGAAUGGAUCGUUAUUGAUCCUGAGGGAUUCACAGAAAAUGGCGAGUGGGAAAUUGUUCACAAGCCUGCCAGGAGAAACAUUUAUAAAAGCAUACCAAUGGAAAGCAACAAGCACCAGGAUAUCACAUUUUACCUUAUCAUUAGACGCAAACCGCUGUUCUACAUUGUGAACAUAAUCAUUCCCUGCGUGCUCAUCUCUUUCUUGGCCUCGCUCGUCUACUACCUGCCUGCAGACAGUGGUGAGAAGAUGACAUUAUCCAUCUCUGUGCUGCUGGCUCAGUCUGUGUUUCUGCUGCUGAUUUCACAGCGUCUGCCUGAGACGUCUAUGGCAAUUCCCUUAAUCGUCAAGUAUCUGAUGUUUAUCAUGGUACUGGUCACUGUGGUGGUGUUAAAUUGCGUCAUUGUGCUGAACCUGCAUUUUCGGACCCCUAGCACCCAUGUCAUGACAGCAUGGACCAGAGAGUUCUUUUUGGAGCGUUUGCCUCGACUUCUGUACAUGUCCCGUCCGUCCGAUGACAAACCCAGCCUGGAGGGGGCGCUGCCACGACGCUCCAGCUCACUGGGAUACAUCGCCCAGGCCGAGGAAUACUACAGUGUUAAAUCCCGCAGCGAACUGAUGUUUGAGAAGCAGUCAGAGAGGCACGGCAUGGCCGCUCGCCCCACUCCCAAAGCCACUUACACAUCCAGUAAUGACUCAGAGGUGUCGGAACAGCUGUACAACGAGAUGAAGCCAGCUGUGGAAGGAGCCAAUUACAUCGUCAAGCACAUGCACGACAAAAACGACUAUAACGAGGAAAAGGACAACUGGAGUGGGAUUGCCAGGACAGUGGACCGACUCUGCUUCUUUCUGGUCACUCCAGUUAUGACGCUAGGAACCAUCUUCAUCUUCAUGAUGGCCAACUACAACCAGCCACCUUCCCUGCCCUUCGAGGGAGACUCCUUCACUUAUGUAGAAGAAAACAAGCGCUAUUCGUGACCUAUCUAUACUACUGCUAGGUUAUAAAUAAUAGCUGAAGCACUCUGAGAAAUAUCAUAAAAGCUAUUCUGGCAGCAAUACAAAGCAUGAAUAUAAAUUACUCUCCAUUUAGUCUUUCAUGCAGGCUUGAUAACUAACAUUAUGUAUGUUGUUUAACAAGUGUACUGAAUGAACCUCUUCUGCCCUGACAGGGGGGGCAUAAAAUAAUAUUUCUCGCCUUUUCCUCCUGGGUGUAAUUUUUGUUUCAGUGGGUAAAUAAUAAUCAAGUUUUUUUUUUCCCAGC